AUGAGUAAACUGGUGACUGUGAUGGGUUUUACAAUUCAUAAGGUGCUGAUGCUGGGCAGUCUCAGCUCUAUAGCUGUCUCAAAUGGAUUCCUGUUCGCUCAAACAACAGGAAUGAUUAAAACCCUGCAGAGAAACGAUGACGGCUUGAAUCUUACUGAGAGUGAUAUACAGUGGAUAACAUCUACUAUCACAAUGACAAACUUUCUCGGCUCCGCUUUGGCAACUUUUACUGACAAUAUGGGAAGACGAUGGCCAUUGAUUAUUUUUUCGGUAGCAAUAGCCGUGCAAUGGAUUAUUCUAUACAAGGCACAAAAUAUAUAUCAUUUUAUGUUAUCAAGAGUCAUAGCUGGAAUUGCUUUCGGAGCUAGAUACUGUUUAAUUAUCAUGAUUACACCUGAAUACACUUCUCCAAAAACCAGAGCCUUCUUCCUCAAUAUAAUAACAUCGGUGUCGCCAGCUAUCGGCACAGGAUUGGGUCACUACUUGGGCAACAUCUUCCACUGGAGAACUGUUGCUUUAAUAGCAAUGUUCCCAACACUUUUUGGUAUUAUUUUGCCUUAUUUUUGCGCCGAAAGUCCUCAUUGGUUGGCCUCGAAAGGCAGGUUCGAAGAAUGUGAGCAAAGUUUCAAAAAAAUCCAUGGAAACAGCGUCAAAUCCCAAUCAGAACUGCAAUAUUUAAUAAAAAUGGAAAAGUGCAAAAUGACACAAGCUGAAAUCACCAAUACGAGGACAAGUAAAGCAAAAUUAUGUCUCGCACUUAGGAAGAAGUACUUCUGGAAUUUAAUUUUGAUGAGUUUUUUUAUAGCCGCUUAUAUCGCGGCGACUGGUAAAGCUGCGUUCACAAUCUUAGCAACAAAUAUUCUUGAAGACAUGACUGGAACUCCUAAUACUGUUCUGCAAAACAUAUUAGUUGAUAUUUUUAUCCUGGUAGGCACCAGUUUAUCCUGCGUUCUGGUGAGGAAAAUGACGAUGCGUACUGUGUUAUUUUCCACAGGAUAUACAGCCAAUGCUGUUUUGGUCAUUCUGAGUGCUUGUCUUUACUUCGGAGCUGGUGUAGAGAACCUGCGGUGGGUGAAUGUAUCGUUGUUGGGAGUGUACUUCAUUUUAAUAGAAGCGGGUCCCUCUCCAGUAUUAGAGGCCUUGUUGGGGGAGAUUUUUCCUUUAGAAAUAAAAGUUUACUGCAUUUUCCUCGUUGGAGUAAUGCUGUCCACCUUCUUAUCGUUAGGGCUCAUAUUGUUUCCAAUAUUAACGAAGGCCAUUGGAUAUUCUGGAACAUUCUUACUGAACGCUAUAAUAAUGACAACAAGUCUAGUAUUUAUAAAGUUGAAACUACCUGAGACUAAAGGAAGGACGCUCCAAGAAAUAGAAGCGUUCUUUAAGACUAAUAUAUUUGAUAUCGACGAAGCUUUGAGUGAUGAGAGGAAAAAUAUGCUGCUAUAG